UUAGUAUUAACUCCCGGCAAACAUGAGCUCUAUCCAAAGUCAAAGCUCCAAGUUAACGACUCUUACUUUCCCCUCUUUAUUCUUUCGCUGAAGUAUUACGUUACAGACCCGAGAACAAUCGCUCCACCGGGAAGCUGGAGUUUACGCGGAACCGUGAAGGCGUCGUAGUUCCACCCUUGCUUGGCUGACAGAGAGCUAGCUAACGGCUACAGCAGCAGCAGCAUACCGACACAGGCGCUGUGGUGACCCGCGAUCUGCCCAGGCCAAGUCAAGCUGUCAGGGGCGGAGGGGCCACGGAUACCGGACUUCCUCUGCAAGUGUAACGGUAUUUUUGACAACUCACGGAGGCGCCGUUACUACGCGAAGCUGGAAAGAAGCGCUAACGACAGUUGGCUACAACUCCUGCUCCGCUGAGCACCGCUGCAGGCUGCUGGACCGGACAGAACCAGCUAUGUGAGCUGCUCUCAGUGUUACUUCAGUGACAUAAACAUCCAGCAGACCUGCAGCUGACUUGGCCCGACAGGUGUAUGUUGGCCUGGAUCGUAGCAUAAGUCCCCAGAGCAGCCUCCUCCCCUCCCCCCUGCCUCUGCUCUCCCUGCAGGACUACUAUGCCUCUGGGUUUGGGAAGAAGGAAGAAGGCGUCCCCGUUAGUUGAGAACGAGGAAGCGGAGCCCAUCCGCGCCGGUCUCAAUGUGUCAGGUAUGGACGGCCUGGAUGGAGGUGUGGUCGGGCUGGGAGAAGGCGCCACCUCUGAGGGUCUGCCUCCUCCAGCCAUGAGACCUCGCCUCAUAUUCCACACUCAGCUCGCCCACGGCAGCCCGACAGGCCGCAUCGAGGGCUUCAGUAACGUGCGGGAGCUUUACGCCAAGAUCGGUGAGGCCUUUGGGAUUCCUCCGGCCGAGGUCAUGUUUUGCACACUGAACACUCACAAGGUGGACAUGGACAAACUGUUGGGAGGCCAGAUUGGGCUAGAGGACUUUAUUUUUGCUCACAUAAAAGGCCAGCGAAAGGAAAUAGAGGUGUACAAAGGAGAGGAUGCGCUGGGGCUGACGAUCACUGACAACGGAGCCGGCUACGCUUUCAUCAAGAGAAUCCGAGAGGGGAGCAUCAUCCACCAGAUCCAGGUCAUCAACGUGGGCGACAUGAUCGAGUCUAUCAACGGCCAUCGCCUGAUUGGGUGUCGACACUACGAGGUGGCCAAGAUGCUGAAGGAGCUGCCCAAAGGGAAGGAGUUCACCAUCAAGCUGACGGAGCCUCUCAAGGCCUUCGAUAUGAUCAGCCAGCGGUCUGGAGGCUCCAGGUCGGCGUCGGGAGUUCAGCUGGGCACCGGCAGAGGAACUUUGCGGCUGCGCUCUAAAGGCCCGGCGACUGUGGAAGAAGUGCCGUCUGCGUUCGAGGAAAAGGCCAUCGAGAAGGUGGACGACCUGCUGGAGAGCUACAUGGGCAUCAGAGACAGCGAGCUGGCGGCCACCAUGGUGGAGCUGGGAAAGGACAAAAAGAACCCCGACGAGUUCGCGGAGGCUUUAGACGAAACCCUGGGAGACUUCGCCUUCCCGGACGAGUUUGUUUUCGACGUCUGGGGUGCCAUCGGCGACGCCAAGGUCGGGCGGGUGUAACCGCGGAAACUAAUGGAUCAGAACGACCUAGUGCACCCUCUUUUGGGAGACUCUGAGCUUAAUGCCAGUUAAUGGGAGAAGAAGAAGAAGAAGAAGACUGUGAUGACUUCCCAAGUGCUUUUAUUUGUCUUCCGGCUUUUCCCAGAAAACUACGAGCACGCUGACGAGCAUUCCCUCUGACCGCAUCACGUGACCCUGCAUGUCGUCGUCGUAGUUGCUGGCAGUGGAUCGAGUACAGCACAAGUCUCUGAGGAUGGGAGAGGUGAAGGACAGCGGCUAACACUGAGUAAAGAGCUCAUACUUAGUACAAAAUAAAAUGUGAUAUUUUUUAGUUUCCCCGCUGCACACUGCACCGUGUCGCGCUGUAAACCAACAUUGGGAGAGAUCGGACAGAUCGAGGCGUCCAUGAUUCUCUUACGGACCAGAUUUACGAGCAUGUGCUGUUACGUUUCUGUUUGUCUCUAUGAUGAAUUCUGCUGGUUUCAUUUUCUUUUAUUUUGGUGAAAGAUUUUUUUUUAAAAAUGUAGUUUGCUGAAGCGUCAUUGUUAAACCGUAGCACUAAAAGCUCGGCGGUGUUCGUCCACCGCUAACACACUCCACACUGCUGUAGUGACGCUAACCUGCGGCUCAUUCCACUUUUACUUUCAUACAGAGAAUCAGUGUUAAUUUACCUUUUUUAUCGAAGGUCAUGAUACCAGAGUGAGAAGCAGGUCGGUCUCCAGGUUUGUUGGAUUGUGUGUGUGUGUGUGUGUGUGUGUGUGUGUGUGUGUGUUAUUAUUUUUUUAAUGGUUAGUGUUUUUAUAUGAAGUGACGUGACGUCUAUUUUAAAGAAGAGUUUGAUCUCGUGUUGCAACUACUUCAUUGUUGUGAAACAUUACAGAAGGCAGUAUUACAGGAGAGAGAGUCGAGGGAGGGAGUUCGUUGUGUUAGGAAAAGAAAGAUGGAGAAUCUGUUAAAGGGACAGUUCACCUCAAAAUGAAGAACACACGUUUCUCCUCCGACCCGUCGUGCUGUUCGCCCGUCCGGAUCGUUUCGGUGUGAGUCGCAGAGUUUCGGCCUUCUCUAAGACUCGAUGGAACUUGACGGCGCUCAGCUUGAAAAGACCAAAGAAAAACUCAACAAUGACGUCUCAAGAUAAUCUAAGAUGAUCCUGCUUGACGAAGCGAUUGGCUGGUGCAGUUUGGUGAAAAAGAAAAUAGUUCCUGCUCACAAAACGUCUGAGUUAUCUUGUCUAGCUGGGUUGUGAUUUCUGUGAAGAGACGCUGCUGAUGAGUUUCUCACGUGUUAUUUUUUAUAUCCGAGGAAAGGCAGACGUCUCUGCUCCGACAGAUCAACAGUGUCGAACAACAAGAGGAACAGUAUGGAUUCUUGGUUUUGGCGUGAACUGUCCCUUUAAGAACAAAUUGCCUUCAUUUCUUCUCAUUCCAUGCGUUUUUCUUUUUGUUAGAAGUUUGCAUUCCGGUGCACGGUGCUGAAAAAAAACAAAAACCUUGUAUCCCGUCAGCCGGGCAGAAAAGAUACCAAACUACUUCCAUCGCGAAACAGGCGGCGCUGCACCGACUGCUCAGCGUAGGCGAGCAACACACGUCUUAAAACACAAAACAACAAAACCUUUUUUUUUUUGGUGUUUUAACCUUUUCAGUAUAUCCAAAUGUAUGAAGCUAUUUUGUAGUUUUGUUUGAGAGUUAAUGAAUAUCUAAAUGGGUUGUGUAAUGAAACUGACGCUAGAACACUGUAACACUGAGAAGAACACGUUAUUUUGAUGGCUUUGUAUUACACUGUUGUCAAUGUCCAAUUAUAUUGCAAUAAUAACAUCGACAUGACAGUU